GUGCAUGUUAUCAUAACAGAUACAAAUCGUUGUAGGCAGACGGGGUGUUUGUAGGGUUAUUAUAUUUCUUAACAAUCUGAAGAGGAUUUGUGAAUGCCUAACACUGUGGGGGCACGUUCAUUUUAAUUAUUUAAUGUUACAGCUUUUGUAUGGUGUCUUUUAUUUAGUCGUAGUAUUACUUUUAGUUUACCCUGACAUUGCGGCUCUUCUGAGCGGUGCGAUCUCCUCAGCAUUCUUCACUAAACUGGGACUCUUUUUUCAGUAGCAAUGGGGCUUCACCCAUUGGAGUUUAGUGAUUGUUACCUGGACAGCCCUGCCUUCAGGGACAGAAUGAAGGCUCAUGAAGCGGAGCUGGAAAAGACCAACAGGUUUAUUAAAGAGCUUAGCAAGGAUGGAAAAAACCUCAUCACAGCAACCAAAAAUUUAGCUGUGGCCCAACGCAAGUUUGCUCAGUCUCUUGGAGAAUUCAAAUUUGAGUAUAUUGGGGAUGCCAAGACUGAUGAUGAGAAAUGUAUAGAUGAAUCACUACAGGAAUUUGCUUCUUUUCUCAGAAACUUGGAGGAGCAAAGAGAGAUAAUGUUGUUCAACAUCACGGAGACGCUGCUGAAGCCUCUGGAGAAGUUCCGUAAAGAACAGCUGGGGGCUGCAAAGGAGGAAAGGAAAAAAUAUGAAAAAGACACAGAGAAGUACUACAGCGCUCUGGAAAAGGUUUUAAAUAUGUCGGCAAAGAAGAAAGAUCAACAGCUGCUGGAGGCAGACAGCCAAGUGGAGGCGAUGAGACUACAUUUCCAUGAGGAAUCGCUGGAAUAUGUUUGCAAACUGCAGGAGAUCCAGGAAAAGAAGAAGUUUGAGUGUAUAGAGCCAAUGCUGGCUUUCUUCCAGGCAGUUUUCACAUUUUAUCAUCAUGGAUAUGAACUUGCAAAAGACUUCAGCCACUACAAAACAGAACUGCAGAUUAACAUUCAAAAUACAAGAAAUCGGUUUGAUGGUACCAGGGCGGAAGUAGAAGAAUUGAUGAAGAAAAUCAAAGAAAACCCAGAAGAACACAAGCGGAACAGCCCGCUCAGCAUAGAGGGGUACAUGUACGUCCAGGAGAAGAGGCCUCCCCCCUUCGGCUCCAGCUGGGUGAAGAAGUACUGUAUUUAUAUGAAAGAGCAGAAAAUUUUUAACAUGGUUUCAUUUGAUCACAGAUCUGGAGGGAAAAUGGGGGAACCGGAGUCUUUCAUUCUGAAAUCAUGCACAAAGAAAACAGGAGAUUCUAUCGACAAGAGGUUUUGUUUAGAGCUAGAGGUAGCCGACCGACCCGGCCUCAUUAUCACCGUGCAGGCCUUGUUAGAAGAGGAUCGGAAGCAGUGGAUGCAGGCAAUGGGAGGCAAAGAACCUGUCUAUAAGUUAGGCAGAGCAUAUUCCAAGAGGGAAGGAAUUGAAGCACACCUGGAUGAAGUAGGAUAUUCACUUGUAAAGAAUUGUAUCAGCGCAGUUGAGUCUAGAGGGAUUACUGAUCAGGGGCUGUACAGAGUUGUCGGCGUCAGUUCCAGGGUGAUGAAGCUUGUCGGAAUAUUAAUGGAUAAAAAGACAUUCAAUGAAGUUGAUCUCUCUGCUUCUGAUGAAUGGGACAUAAAAACAGUAACUAGUGCACUAAAGCAGUAUUUAAGGAGUCUUCCAGAACCACUGAUGACUUACGAGCUAUACAAAGAGAUCAUAGUCCCUGCCAAAUGCGGCACUCCUGAGUCCAGGGUAGAUGCAAUACAUUAUUUGGUUUAUAAACUUCCAGAGAAAAACCGGGAGGUGUUGGGAAUGAUAAUGAAACACUUAGCCAAUGUUUCUGCUAACUGCAAACAGAAUCUGAUGACUGUAGCAAAUUUAGGAGUGGUGUUUGGGCCCACACUGAUGAGACCUCAGGAAGAAACGGUGGCUGCAAUUAUGGACCUCAAGUUCCAGAACAUUGUGGUAGAAAUUCUAAUAGAAAACCAUGAGAAGAUUUUCGGGAGCGCACCAGAUGGAUCUGUCACAACACCUGUGGCCUUGUCCUCUUCUGAGCUCAAUGCCCCACCCAGGCUGUCCAAGAGGCAGAACUCCCGUCAGAACCGGCCUCUUGCAGUGUAUAACCCCAGUAUGGAGCUCCAAGCUGCUGAUUGUCCCAACUCUGUGAAGGAUGACAUCUCGCUGGGCAGCACAGAUUCUGUCUCCUCGCAGUCUUCCACUGCUACCACUUCAUCUGCCUCUGGCAGCCCUCCCGAAGACACAAAGAAUCAUUUCAGUGCCAACGGAGGAGACCUCAUGGACUGGGCUAGCAUUGCCCGCUCAACGAUGAUUCCAUGGAUGAAUGUUUCAUCGACCACCACCCCUACCUCUCCAUCGCCAGUCGGUGCCUUCUCACCCGAAGGAACUAACAAUGACAAGCCGGAAGAUAGUGUCACAUACAGGAAAGCUAAAGCAGUAUUUUCAUGUGAAGCGGAGCACAGCUCAGAGUUAUCUUUUCCAGUCGGAGCAAUAUUUGAGGAAGUGACUUCUUCCAGAGAACCGGGGUGGCUGGAAGGAAAACUUGAUGGAAAAAAAGGACUUAUUCCGAUAAACUAUGUUGAAUUUCUAUAGCCAAAAUGCUGGAGACAUUGAGUUAUACAUGGUAUCCAUGAUCUUCAACAGUGACCCACCCCUCCAUUUUUAAAGAGACUUUUGCAUAUAUUGGUACGCCUUGAAAUAUGUCCCUAGAACAAUAUGCUUCCCCAUUGCAGAAUUGCCAAAUAUAAAUACCAUGUUGUCUUAUGCCAGUCUUAAAGCAAAGGGUAGCUUUGAAGAAAUAAAAAUAAAUAUAUUUUAAAUCAUUAAAUGUAACAUUUUAGCAUAAUCAUUCGUUUUUGAGAAUUUUAUUUGUCAAGAUUUAGGGAAGAAUUAUUUUAAAGUGUAAGUUGUGCAUGAGGUUUAUCUUGUUUGUCUGUAAUUACCAUAUUUGAUUCACUGGAGCAGAGUGCAGAUAUUAUGCAAUACAUGUAUGUCACAAGAUGUAAAGAAAAAUCUAUUUAUAAAUCUGUACUUUCAUUGUACAUUUCUUCUAGUUAGACUUUUCAGGUGAAAAAAAUCCAAUACUGCCAAUUUUAAACCAUGUAGUUAUGAGCGGGUAAAUGUAGAUGGUGGUUGAGUUCAAUUGAGCUCAUUUAGAAUAGCUUUUAUUGUUAAAUAUGUAAACAUGUGCUGAUUUAGUUUAUCUAUUUGAAAAAAAGAAAAUCAAACAUUCAGGUAUAUUUUGUAUACAGUGUUAUAUUAAAAUGUACAUGUUAAAUCUCAAUCAUAUUUUUCAUAAAAUUGCAAAGCAGCAGUUACAGGAUUUGCAAAGUGCAAAUUCAUUAUCAGAUUGAAAAGUGCAGGUUGAUGACUAGAGGAAAACACACAGACAAUACAUGGGGGUUUGUGUGAUGUACCGGGUAAGUUCACUAGUUUACUUCUACACAAAGGGCCCCCCUUUUCAAUAAACCCGUUAUAACAGCAGGAUCUUUUUAUAUUGGUAUCUUCUGGUUUCGUCCAAAAUUUGGGAACUUGGGUUAUUGAUUUGUAUGUUUCCUGUGGUAUCUCACUGAUAAUCAUACUGUUUUUGAUGCUAACUUAAGCUCUGUAGUUAUUUUAUUUUACAAGUUGCAUUCAGAGGUAAUUGUUAGAAUAUUGUUAAUACACAGUAGCUGGUGUAGUUUUGGUUUUGUAAAUACACACAGGGCACUUCUUGCACACAACUACUGCUGUUGAGACAUGAUGAUUUAUUGGGUUU